GUGAGCUGGGGUGUACUGGGAUGUGCUGGGAUAUCUUGGGGUGUGCUGGGGUGUACUGGAGUGUUCUGAGAUGUGCUGGGGUAUCGUGGGGUGUGAUGGGACGAGCUGAGGUACACGGGGGGUGCCAAGGGGGGCACCGGGAUGCCAUGUCAGAGAGGCCCCCCCCCCCCCGGGACAGGGCAUGGAGGCUCCCCCCGCUCCCCCCGUACCCCGGUGUCGCUGCCGGGGGCCUGGGGAAGCGGAGACCCCCGGGCCAUGUGCGAGGGGGGCCUUGUCUCUGGUCCCUCUCAAGUUGAGGGGGGGCCGUAUCCGUGGCCAGGAACGCGUGGCCCUGGGGCCGUUCUGCCAUUGUCCUGCCCUGGGGCUGCGGGUGCCCCGACCGGGGCUCCUCUUGCCCCCCUGGCACCAUGCGGAGACGUGGGAGCUGCAAGGGCUGUCGUGUCUCCCUGCAGAAAAUGACCCCCCGGGAGCGGGCGGCCACCUCCAAGUUGCGUGGCAAGAAGUCCCAGCUGCCCGCCGUCGCCGCUGCCCAAGCCGAUGUCAUCCCUGGGCGCCUGCCCGAGGCAGAAUGGCUUUCCCUGCUCAGGGCUGAACAGGUGGACAGGGACGCUGGGGACAUCCUCGCAGAGCUCUUGGGCCGCGUGAUGGACGAGUGCACCAAAGCCGAUGUGGCUCGGCAGACUGUGGCCUUCACCGUGGGCCAGGCACGGGAUGCCCUCCUGCAGAUCGUCCAGUGGCGCUUCCUGGCACGGGACGAGGGGGAGACGGACCCCGAGGGAGAUGGCAACUGGCAGGAGGACGAGGAGCCCGAGCCCUGCGCCAUGGACUCCUGGGCGCAGGGCUCCGUUCCCGUCCUGCGCGUCCAUCUGUCCCCUGGUGAGGGAGAGGUCUCCAGCGUGCAGGCUCCAUGCCAGCACGGAGGGCAGGACUACGCCAUGGCAGAUGAGGCUGGAGCUCCCCCCGUGCAGACCCUGUGUCCCGGCCAGGUCACCAGCACCAGCACCGUCCUGCCCAUGCCAGGGCCGUCCUGCCCGGAGCUGCUGCCGGGCGAGGCAGCCAUUGCUCCCCGUCUCCCUGAGGGAAAACCUCCCCGCACCCAGCCAGCCCCGCUCUGCCCGGCCAGGCCACCAGCCCCGCUCUGCCCGGCCAGGCCACCAGCCCCCUGCCUGCCCCCAAGCCCGGCCGAGCCCCUGGGGCAGCCGGAGCAGGGACGGCAUCCGCCACGGACCUCCCAUGGGGACAUGGAGGGGAGCGGUGCAGCGGUGGUCAGGAGCCGCAUGACGCCGCUGCCGCCUCCCUCCUGCACCAGCCUGGUAUCAAUCCGGUCAGGGAGGCCCCUGCGCAGCACGGGAGCGAAGCAAGAGGGGUCUGGCACCGUCCUGGGGGUCCCCAAGCGGGGUCCCAGCAGCCGGCCUCAGCGCUGGAUCAGGCCCCAGGUGGAGGUGCUGGACCCGGGCGCGGAGACCAAGCCGCCGGCAUGUCUCCAGGGUGCCGGCUGGCGCUGCCGGGGACGGGAGCUGGGCAGCUCGCGGCUGCCCCGGGGGCUGGCCACUGCAGGGAGGGGACGGCUCCAGCUACCCCCCCUGGCAUCCCCGCAGCUCCCCAGCCCCAUGCCCCGGCAGCUCAGCUCCUUGCUGGACUCCGCUCGGCUGGCUCCCGGUGUGACCGUCAGACGGGACGGCAGCGUGAAGCGCGGGCUCUGCAUCCCUGCACACGAUGAGGAGGAGGAGGAGGAGACGGAGGAGGCCAAGCGGGACCUGAGACCCAUCUGCCCCACUGUGCCCUUCCCGGCCAUUGCGGCCAGGCAGGUCACGGACGAGGGCGAGUGUUGAAGGCAGGACACCCCCCACACCGCCCCGAGGCCCAUGAGCGGUGUGGGGGGUGAACUCCCCGCUCGGCCCCAGCCCCCUCCUGGUCCCCACCACCCCAGCAGUCCUGCCUGGCUCCUUGCCAUGUCCCACGCGUUUCCCAGGAUCAGCCCCGCUGCUCACGACAGCCCCAGCGUGAGGAUGCAGCUGGGUCGGGUUCCCCCGGGCUCCCCAUGUGCCGUGUCUCCACUUUGGCAGGGCAGCCACUGCCCCGGGCAGGAGCCAUGGUGCUGUGGGAGGCUGUUGUCCCGUGGGCUUCCCCUCCGUCCUCCCCCUCGCACCCCGGGGAGCAGACCUGCCCGAUCCCAGAGCUCAUCUGCUGGGAAACUGGCUCCAGCAGCUCUGUGGCUGGGUGUUUGGCUGGGUGCUGUUCUCACCCUGCAGCUCAGCAUGGUGGCUGGAUGCCUGAGCUCCGGGAGAGACCCCCGUCCUAGGCGGGCUCCUCGCCCGUGGCUUUAGGCAUGUUUCCACCUGACCCUGCGUCCCCACCUGACCCUGCAUCCCCACGAGUUACCACCAAGAGCACCGGGUCCGGCACAGGGCAGGACACCGAUGUGGCGUGGCAGAGCAACACGGGCUCUGCUGGCUGUUGGCGAGGCCGUGCUGCUAAAGAAAACAGAAAUAAAAUAAAGAGGUUUCCGUCGCUCGGCUCUCGUCCCAUGCUGAAGACCAGCCCUGCGGCUCUCACACCACGAGCUCCUGCAUCGGAGCAAGGGCUGGGAGCAUGGUCCACAGCAGCCCACUGAGCCGCCAGCCCUCCGGCACACAUCACACAACAACCUACCCUCUGUUUUUCAGCUUGUAGCCAUGUGCAGCUGGUACCCUGUGGCUGAUUUGCCACCAGUGGCUUUACCGCGUCAGCUCUCUCUGGGGUUUGCCGCCGCCCCAUGUCCCCGGGCUGCGGUGCUGGCCCAGGUCCUUGCCCUCGCAGGCACGGCCGCCUCCGAGCCGCUCUGCCUGUGCAGCCCCGGCCGCCUGCACCCUGCUGCAACCGCUGCGCCUGGCUGCAGCCCCAAGGGGUGGCCCCAGCUC